UACUACUGGACUGGCACCGCUGACUAAGCGGUUGACGCUACCUCGGAUUGGAAAAUGUUGCCUUGAACCAUCAGUUGGGUAUGGACUUCCUGACGCCCCCCCAGGACCCCCCAGGGCCUCCGGCUAUGGACUUGGAGGAGCCCAGAGAUACUGGAGUACCUCCCCAGGACCCCAGCCCAGCCUGCUCGUGGGACCCAGUCCCUGAGAGCCCUGGGAGCCCCAGUCACAUGGAACUUGACGGGGCACGUCUUCAGGACCUGGUUCAACAGUUUGAGGCUCUGCCCGGAACUCUAGUGGACCUGGUCCCCGCCACGGCCCCCUGCCCCCUGCACAUAGCCACCGGUCAUGGCCUGGCCCCCCCAGACUCAGACGGGACACCCGGGCUUUUGUCGACUGAGGCAGACCAGGAAGACCUGCUGAAGCUUUUGCAUGGGGAGAAGCAUCCAGCUGAACCUGAUCCCCCUCCUGAGGAGCCCCCAGACUCUGCCCCUCGUCUGCUGCAGCCCCCUGAGGACCAAGACAGGAGUCCAAGCCCCAUAGAAUGGGGAGAAGGAGCGUCAGUGGAGCGGGGAAGUGACCGCAGCUCCAACAGCUCUCCAGAAGCCUGGCUGGAGACGGUCCCUCUGGUUACUCCUGAAGAACCGCCCGUGGGGAGUCAGAGCCCCGAGACCCCAACUUCAUGUCCUGCCCUCCCGGAGGUAUCCGGCCCCUGUGAUCAUGAGGACCUGUUGGAUGGCGUCGUGUUUGGGGCGCAGUACUUGGGCUCCACCCAGCUGGUGUCUGAGCGGAACCCUCCACCCAGCACGCGCAUGGCCCAGGCCCAGGAAGCUGUGGACCGCGUCAAGGCUCCGGACGGGGAGACGCAACCCAUGACGGAUGUGGACCUCUUCGUGUCUACCAAGAGGGUCAAGGUGCUGACAGCCGGCUCCCAGGUACUGGCCACCCUGGGGAGGGUACCUAAGUGGGCGAGAUCCAACACCCCGAGCCUACCAGGUUUGUCCCUGCAGGAGGCGCUCAUGGACCACGCGCUGCAGACCGUAUCCUACACCGCAGACAUUGGCCCUGUGCUGGUGCUCAUGGCGAGGCGCAGGCUGGCCCGGUCAGGCCCGCAAAACACCGGCCGGCGGCUCUACCGCAUGAUCUGCCAUGUGUUCCACGCUGAGGACGCCCGGCUGAUCGCCCAGGCCAUCGGGCAGGCCUUUGCCAUGGCCUACAGCCAGUUUCUGCGGGACAGCGGCCUGGACCCCAGCCAGGUGGCGGCCCAGCAGAACCAGGGCACCCCAGGGCCCGGCCACCUGCACAACGGGGAUCUGGACCACUUCUCCAACAGCGAAAACUGCAGAGAGGUGUGCAUCGAAAAGCGCCGGGGUGAGGGCCUGGGCGUGGCGCUGGUGGAGUCGGGCUGGGGCUCGCUGCUGCCCACCGCAGUCAUUGCCAACCUGCUGCACGGGGGUCCCGCCGAGCGCUCAGGGGCGCUCAGCAUCGGGGACCGCCUGACCGCCAUCAACGGGACCAGCCUGGUGGGGCUGCCUCUGGCCGCCUGCCAGGCCGCCGUCCGCGAGGUGAAGUCGCAGACGCUGGUGACCCUCAGCAUCGUGCACUGCCCGCCAGUCACCACGGCCAUCAUCCGCCGGCCGCACGUCCGGGAGCAGCUGGGCUUCUGCGUAGAAGACGGCGUGAUCUGCAGCCUUCUACGGGGAGGCAUUGCCGAACGUGGUGGCGUGCGCGUGGGUCACCGCAUCAUUGAAAUCAACGGGCAGAGUGUGGUGGCCACGCCGCAUGCCCGUGUCAUCGAACUGCUCACCGAGGCCCACACGGAGGUCCACAUCAAGACCAUGCCCGCUGCCACCUACCGCCUGCUCACGGGCCAGGAGCAGCCUGUGUAUCUGUGAGCGACCGAUCGUGCCACCCCGUCACCCCUGUCACCACCGCUGUGCCUUAGCAAGUCCGCCCACAGCCCCAUCCUGGAUGGGCCCCAACGGAUUUGCAACUCACGUUGGUUAUAUAACAAAUUAAAUGCAAUAUCACA